AUGACUUUCCUCUUUUGUAAAUGGCUGAUAGCCACCAAUAUUGUCACUCGACGUAGGAGGAUAUCGGACUCAGAGGAAGAAAUAGCUCCACGGCAAGCAACAGAACUGCCUCGCGAAGCUGUGAUGUCGCCUCGAGGAAAAGAGGCUGCUGAAUCAUCAAGGAAAGGAAAAGAACCGGCUCGCUCAGUUGGUAGUGAAGAAGAAUUUGACUCUGAGGAGACGGAGACUUCCGAGGAGGCGGGUGAGACUAGCUCAAGUUCUGAUAAAAGAGCGGGUCUUCCUGAUUCUUUCUUUGAAAGAGGACUUGUGCGCCCAUCUGUUGCUCCUACUCAAUCACAAGCUACUUCGAGAAAACGGGGAGAGAGAGUCGUCAUGACCUAUCCUAAUCGGAUGACGGUAGACGUUCUCAGUGGGGACGAAGAGGAUGAAGAGGAUGAAGUGCCUCUUGCUCGUCGACAAAGAUCACGACCUUCCACUCAAGCUCAAACCCAGAUUCCUCCCAGAACUGAAUUACGCACCAAACGUCGUCAUGAAGGUUCUGAAACACAUCCGCUGAAGAAACAAAAGAAAGCUGUUUCUAAACCUCGUGUUCAUCUCCCCGCUUUAGAGGAAACAUCUGUCCAUAGCGCUUCUUUAGGAGAACAAGGGAGUCAAGAAGAGGGAGAAUAUCGAGUUGAAGCUGCUUCUCCUGGAUGUAUGGAGACUGAGGAGACCAGCUUCGUCCAGCAAAUGCAAGAUGCUCUGGAAGAAGGACCAGCUGACGCUGCCCCAACUCCUAACGUUGAUACAUCCGCUACGGACGCAUUCAAAUUAAAAGAAGUAGGUGCAAGUAAUGAAGCUCUCGAAUCCGCCCCGACCAAUGAAGACGUCCCGAUGCACGAGCCUAUUGAAGGAGAAGCUACCCAUGCCACCAAAGUCGACGAUUUUAAUAAUUUCGACUUUAAUAUCUCAGAGGACGACCAUCAACAAAUCCUUGAUUCUCUGUUAGAGAAAGCCUCUGAUGCAACUAUCGGCUCAGAUGUUGGAAUUGGUUCAACGGAAGCCGGUCCUUCUGAGAGACCAACUGCUGGAGCUGAUACUACUAUAAUCACUGGAACGUCUGAUCGGCCAGAGGAAUCAACUCUUAAAGAGCCUCUUAGCUUGGACCCGCCGUCUUCUGAAGCUUUAAUUGAAAAAGCCUCUGAUGUAGCGGGUGCAUCAACAGCUACCAUUCCUGAAUCAACCUUGGUUGUUCCGGAAUCCAAACUACCGUCUUUGGGUGAACCACGUCAUGCUGAAAGUUCUUCCGUCGAACCUGGUAUGCUUUAA